GUAUAUAUGUAUGUAUAUGUAUAUAUGGGUAAAAUCACAUGAAAUAGUUUUUAUUAGUGUGCAAGACGAAAGAGUAGAUUUGAAGUAAAGCAGUCCCCAAUAAAUAGCAUCCAAGAAUUCCACGAUGACGCUGUCACUUUGACCGGUUCUGAGUUUCCCGGUCAAAUAUGGCCACCACCUUCCCCCUUUCCCUUUCCUCUGCGAAUUCAAUCUUUGAAAUAAUCCAAAAACUUACCCCCUAUUACACAUAUACGCUUUUCUUCUAGUAAGUCUUCAUUCAACCAUUUCCGCCCCCUUUUUCUGAAUCUUUCUUUUCAUAUCUGCCCCACGAUUGCUCCCUUCGUUUACUUGGUCCAAUCUCUCUUCAGAACCAGUCAAGGGUUUUAGGUCACUGAUUAUUAUGAGUUUAUUGCCCUUUCCUAGAACCAUCCUCACAUGAGUUUACUUCAAAAAAAUCUAGUAUUCUGAGAUGUUGGGAGAAGAAGAUAAAACUCAGCAGCAGCCGCCGCCGCCACCACCCGGAGGAGUAGGAGGAGAUAAUCGGAGAAUAUAUUCCCGUUCAGUUUCAUGGGCUGCUGGCAGGUCGCCCACAAAAUCCACCUCUGCCAACCCUAAAUCACUUUGGAAUACCAAAGCUAAGGGAGGAUGUUUGCCGCCUCUUCAACCUCUUUCUGUUUCCAGACCAAAAGCCCACGAGUGGCCAAGGGCAGGUUCCGAUGAUCUUGGGGUUUGGCCCAAUGUUGCCGCCACCACCCCGGGUGCCAGACCCAGACCGCCGGCUCUUCCGUUGAACUUGGACAAGAGUUUAGGGAAACCCCCUAGAGAAUUCGAAUUCAAGAAAGAUAAGCUUGCCUUUUUUGACAAGGAAUGCUCGAGGAUCAUAAAUCAUGUGUUUCUAGGAAGCGAUGCCGUUGCCAAGAACCGCGAUGUUCUUCGACAGAACGGGAUUACCCAUGUUUUGAACUGUGUUGGUUUUGUAUGUCCAGAGUAUUUCAAGAGCGAAUUGGUAUACAAGACGCUUUGGCUUCAAGACAGCCCGUCCGAGGAUAUUACGAGCAUCCUCUACGAUGUUUUUGACUACUUUGAGGAUGUCAGAGAGCGGAACGGGCGUGUUUUUGUGCACUGUUGCCAGGGGGUAUCGAGAUCAACCUCUUUGGUUAUCGCAUACAUCAUGUGGCGGGAAGGGCACAGCUUUGAAGACGCGUUUCAACAAGUGAAGGCAGCAAGAGGGGUGACUAAUCCAAACAUGGGUUUCGCUAGCCAGCUUCUGCAGUGUCAGAAACGGGUCCAUGCGAUCCCUGUGAGCCCGAGUUCGGUUUUGAGAAUGUACCGUAUGGCUCCACACUCGUCGUAUGCACCACUUCACCUUGUACCGAAACUGUUGGCUCGACCUAACGCAGAGGCUCUUGAUUCUCGUGGAGCCUUCAUUGUCAAUGUUCCUUCAGCUAUUUAUGUGUGGAUAGGGAAGGAUUGUGAUCUACUAAUGUAUGAGAGUGCACGAUUAGCAGCAUCUCAGGUCAUCCGUUACGAGAAAGCAAAUGGCCCAGCUUUGACCAUUAGAGAAGGCAAAGAGCCGAUUGAAUUCUGGGAUGUACUUGGGAACGAUCAAGAACAGUCAACGGGAGAUAAAGGUAUUGCAGGGCAAAGAAAAAUCGCCGACUACGAUAUAGAUUUUGGGGUUUUCAACAAGGCGGCAAACAGUGGAGUGGUUCCACCUUUGUCGAUCUCAGGGCACGAUUCUGAGAUGUGUCUGCCUGCUAGACGAAGUGGCUGGGAAAGACUGAGAAAGAAGUUUGCCACCGGAGUCAUGAAGGAGUUGAUUAUAUCAUCUAAAGAAGUGGAAUUCUUUGAAUCUCCGUGUGGUUCUCCGGAUUCUUGUUCUUUCUCGGACAUUUCAGCCAGCCGGGAUUGGGUUAAGACUACUGAUUCUAAGGGAAACGAAGAUGAUAACUCUGAAUGCCUGUCGCCCUACUCAUUCUCUUCGUUUCUUGUUAAAGAUUCAAGAAAAUUUGAUAAUAACACAUCUCCUUCACUCUCCCCUUCAACAUCUGAUUACUCCAAUUCGUUUUCGUUCUCACCCACAUCAUCUAACUGGUCUGACUUAUCUGUAUCAGCUCAGCCUUCCCCUUCUGGGUUGAAGGCCUCAGAUCCUAGUCCCAGUCUCAAUCCUAACCCUAACUCUAAAGUAAGAGAGAUUUCACCUUCUACUGCUGAGAUUCCCCAGACCCUGGUCAGAACCUGGUCAUUUUCCAUGGAGGAUGAAACCAUGGAAGAUGCUGAAGAUGAGAGCUUAGCAGACGGUGAUGAGGAGUCUAUGUUUGAUGCUGAAAACCACCCCUCAGAAGGGAGUACAAGGGCUGAUUUCGUUCUUUAUCGGUGGCCCACUAUGGAGGAAGUCAAGAUGGGUAGCCCAGGGAUUCCUGAUUCCAGAGCUGUGUAUAUAGCUUACGUCACGGAUCCGAGUCUGGGCACCAACAGUCCAGAUGUUUUGUAUAUUUGGGUGGGUCGUGAUGCCUCGGGUAUUAGUGGGAAUGAUGAUAGCUGCAACGACAGUUAUAUCCAGUGGCAAAUGGUUGGUCGUGACUUCCUUGUUAGAAAAGAUCUGGCAACAGGCUCUGUUGUUCAGAUAGUCAGAGAAGGCGAGGAACCAGAACAACUAUGGAAGCAUCUUCACUGUUUCUCAUUUCAGAACACAGCAGAGAAAGGUGAGAAGUGAUGAAUCUGAUGCGAUUAAGCAUCCCAGGCAGUGGAAAUAAGUUGGUUUUCUUCUGUUUGUGUGAUGUGUUAAAAUGGUUUAAUUUUUUCCAUUAUGUGGAAUCAUGUACAGUUUCUGAGCUAUUCAAAACUAAUAGUGAAGCGGACCGAACCCUUUUCGAGAAACUGGAAUCAACUUCGUUUCCUUUGUAUAUGUUAUUUUACAAUACCAAAAGGUGUCGCCUUUUGGGAUGUAUCAAAUCUACUUCCAUCUAUAUCCAAGUGACUUAAUCAGCC